GGUUAAUUGGGGGCCAUGUUACAUGAUAACCCGCAAGUGUUUGCUAAUUGCAAUCCCUGAGAGUCCCUGUUUAGUCUUGAGCUGGAGGUUUGUCUAGCGGUUUGCUCUUGAGAUUUGUCUGUGCAUGAAUGCAUCCAAGACAGCUCCUAAGUCCUAAGUUGAUCGAGACCAAGCCAUGUCGGGCGAAGCAGCAGAAACCAGGGCGGUUAAAUGGCUUUGUGCCGUGUUAUUCGCUCUGGUGCUGAUCAUUUGGCUUCUCCCUCUACUCGCCAUUUGGCUGGAUGAGGCCACAGUGCAGCGACAACCCUUGGACCAACUAUUAACCCUUGACCAAAGGGUUUUUGAGGAGUCGCUCAUGACCCGGUUGAUUGGCUCCGAGUCCGAGUUCAUGCCGGCCAAAUGCAUCAACAUCAUUCCACAUGAUGCAGUUGCCAGUGCCCAAUUGGCAGAGGAUUGCACCACUUGGUGCCAUGAGGCUCUUGGCAGCAACAGUGCCACACCCUACAUGUUGAGCCCACUGCAUGUGAUUCGCAUCAUGCGAAGUUCGUUGAGUGAUACUUUCCUGAUGUGUUAUAAAGCGCAGACAGCAUCGUGGGCUUUGCGCUGGAUGCCAGAAUGGUACAGCGUCUAUUUGUAUGCAAUGCUUUAUGGAUCGAUCAGCAUCGUCUUCUUUUGGUGCAGGUGGCUCGCAACAUCGCCUGUUCGCAACUCGGAUCUGGGACCAUCAAAUCAAUAUGUGAUCAUUCAGAAUGACUCAGGUCAGUUGCCUCUAUUAUGCCCGGAUCGUAUUGGCUUCAAGAGACAUCUUUGGUUGGAGGCUUUCUUUGUUUGGCUGGAGCCCUUUGGAGAUGUGGUUUCAAUUCUUAGUCUUUUUCGCAUUGGGCAGCCAUUCCCAGGCAUGUUCAUGAGCAUUGGGUGUGCCAUUCCUUGUGUAUGGGCAGUUGACCUGUUUCAAAUCCGGGGAGCCCUGGCCAUUGCAGACAGCUUGCGACAAGGUUUUGCCAACAAGCAGUGGGUGACACACAAAGCCAUUGAGCUCAGCGAGAUAUUUAUUUGCACUUCGGUGCAAGUGUACAUCCUACUGGCAAUGCAUGUGGAGAUCAUGCAUCUCAGCACAGUUCUCCCGCUGCCAGCCUUGUUCACUCGAUGCCUGCGGCAGCCAGGGCUUUCCGUCCGUGCUGAAGGAACUCGAACAAAAGACCACCCAAAACAAAGAGUCACAACGGAUUGCUAGAGUUUCCUCAAAGGGCAGCAGCUUGUCAAGGGGAUCAUGCAAUGAAAUUUGGACCUUCAAGGAGCUAGAGAAGGCAAAAUCCUCCUUUCCACUGUGGACACGGGUUCUGGCCAACAGUGCUUGCCCACUAGCUGGCCUUGCAGCAUUGCUGACUCAAGCGCUUAUAAAAGGAGCCUUUGCCCUGGGUCCCAUCGAGGAGCAGCCAGGGGUUCUGGGCUUCUUCCGUUACUUCUUCUUCGACAUUUUCUUUGACUUGCCCCACAAGCUUGUCAAGGCUGAACUGCAAGAACUGUGGUACGAAAUCCAGGUGCAGUGGGUUUGCAUAAAGCCGGGGCUUUGUGCCAUGCUGCUGGCGAUGUUCCGUGUACUUGUGCUGCUGUUCCUCGCCCUUGGAGCUCUGCACCUUUUGUAUGAUACGGUGCGUGCUUGUGCCGGCGGCCGCGACACGAAGAGACAAGGUCUAGUACGCUUGCCUUGCGACUCUGAUUGAGCCUUGAAGAUCUUGAAGAGGGACAUUGAUUAGUUUUUCAAAUUAAGGACAUGCUGGGAACCUGG